AAAUUGGUUUCCAUCGGAGUUCUCACGAGUGGAGGCGAUUCACAAGGCAUGAAUGCUGUGAUUCGUGCAGUCGUUAGAAUGGGUUUAUACAACAAAUUCAAAGUAUACCUCAUUUACGAGGGCUAUAAUGGGCUUAUUUUUGGUGAUCAUAAUUACAUCGAAGAGGCAAAUCUUUUCUCUGUUGAUCACAUCAUUCAUAUGGGCGGAACAAUAAUCGGUAGUUCACGUUGUCCUCAGUUUAGACAAAUCGAGGGCAGAAUUACCGCCGCUUUGAGUCUCAUCUCAAGAAAUAUUACAAAUCUAGUUGUGAUCGGCGGCGACGGCAGUCUUACCGGCGCUGAUCUUCUUCAACAGGAAUGGACUGAAAUACUCAAUACAUUAGUUCAGAGAAAUAAAAUAACCGAAGAAAUGAAAGCAAGAAAUAGUCGUUUGAAUAUUAUAGGAAUUGUCGGUUCAAUUGAUAAUGAUUUUUGUCAAACGGAGAUUACGACCGGAGCCGACACAGCACUUCAUCGUAUUGUGGAGUCUGUGGACGCCAUCGCCACCACUGCCACCAGCCAUCAAAGAGCUAUGAUUAUUGAAGUGAUGGGAAGAAACUGUGGCUAUUUAGCACUUGUCUCAGCUCUUGCAGUUGAGGCCACUUUUACAUUCUUCCCGGAAUCGCCUCCCGAUAACAAUUGGCCUGAAUUUUUGGUUCAAAAGAUUGAAAAUGAGCGAAAGAACGGCCGAAGACUUAAUAUAAUAAUCAUAUCGGAGGGCGCACUCGACAUGAAUGGACAGCAAAUUACUGCCAAAAUGGUUCAAAAUGUUAUUUCCAAUAAAACCAAACGAGAUGUUAGGAUAACUAUUUUGGGACACAUUCAACGCGGAGGCCUUACCUCAGCAUAUGAUCGCAUUUUGGGCAGUCGUAUGGGCGCCACAGCAGUCCAGGAAUCGCAACAAAUGGCCGAAUCCUGUGUACUCACUAUGAGUGGCAACAAAAUCAUUAAAAAAUCUCUUAUCGAAACUGUUAAACAGACUCGAUCGAUUGCGACGGCGAUGCAAAACAAAGAGUGGAGUAAAUGUGUUGAGUUGAGAGGAUACAGUUUUGGCAGAAACUUCCAAACAUUGAAAAGUAUUUAUGGUAUUUAUAAUUCUGACAAAAUGAAUGGACACAAGAUUGCGGUCAUACAAGUGGGCGAACCCUCUCCGGGAAUGAACGCAUCGAUCCUUGGAUUUGUCCGACACAUCAUAAUCAACGAAAACACUGCUAUCGGAAUACAGGACGGCUUUGACGGUCUUAUUAGUGGCAAAUACUCUGCGAUGAAGUGGUCGGAUGUGAACGGAUGGACGUCUCAAAGUGGAGCUCUUAUGGGCACGAGUAAAGUGCCCGCAGAUAUAACAGACCAACACAUUGAAUGUGUGGUCAAAUAUUUUACUGAUUUUCAAAUAUCGGGUUUCCUUAUUAUCGGCGGUUUCAGAGCAUUUCAAUUAGCGCUCAAAUUAAUUGAGUGUCGAAACAAAUAUACGGCUUUGAAAAUACCGAUCGCUAUAAUACCGGCCACUAUUGACAAUAAUAUUCCCGGAACUGACUUCUCUUUGGGAACCGAUUCCACUCUCAAUAAAAUAACCAAUUUAUGCACUGAUAUUAUCGUUUCUUUGAAAGGAACGAAAAGGCGUUUAUUUAUAAUUAAUAUAAACUCUGAUUAUUGCGGUUACUUAACCAUAUUGUCAGCACUGGCUUCAGGCGCCGAUUACUGUUAUGCAUAUGAGUGUGACUUCACUAUUGAUUCUGUGAGAAGAGAUGCCAACAAUAUUAAGAACAAAAUGCUAUCCCAAGACACAAAUAGAUUGAUACUUGUGAAUUGUAUGGCAAACACUAAACUCAAAACAAAAACCAUUACCGAAAUCUACACCGAAGAAGGAAAGGAU